GAAGGCUGAAGAUUUUAACAAAAGGGAUGUGGGGUGACAGGAUUCUUAAAUGAUCUUACCGUCAGAUGAGAGUGGCAGGUUCCCGGUAUUGAUUCCUCCGAUCCCGACUAUGGUCACCUCGAAGAUGCUGGGACGCAACAUUUCCUCCCAUCGGGAGUACUCAACGAGAGAAACAUCAUGGAUUAUUGUGGAAAGUACUUAGCAGUAAUUCUGGCCUUGCUAUCAGUGUUUAUGCAUGUACUUCAUUCCUUUCCAGAUGGAAAUUCAGUGGUUCAAGGUUGUCCAGAGUGCAAACUGAAAGAAAAUAAUUACUUUUCAAAGUUGCUUUUAAAAGCCCCAAUUUUCCAGUGUACUGGAUGUUGCUUCUCUCGGGCUUAUCCUACACCAGUGAGAUCAAAGAAAACAAUGCUGGUCCCCAAGAACAUUACAUCAGAGGCAACAUGCUGCGUGGCAAAGGCAUCCACAAGGGUUACAGUAAUGGAUAAUUUGAAGAUUGAAAACCACACAGACUGUCACUGCAGUACCUGCUAUUAUCACAAAUCUUAAAUUCAUGAAAAAUAUCAAAACAUGUGUAUGUUAUAAUUUUGCAUGAUUUCCUGUGUUCUCUGUUAUUAGCCAGUUUAACCCAGUAUAACGUUUCUUCUCCAUAAUCCAUUAUCAAAAGUUUUAAAAUAAAAAUAGAGCUUCUUUUGCAUAACUAAUAUGGAGAGUCAUUGUAAUUAAACAUGUAAUGUUGUUUGACGUUGAUAUUCCUUAAAGAUAAAUUCUACAUUUCACAUUUAUCAAUAAAAUGCCACUGAUGA